AGCAGUGAUGGCGACAGCAGCGACGAUGCCAGUGAUGACGACGACAGCGAAGGGCCUACAGGCCCUUCGAGCGAAAAGCCUGUGACAUGGGCCUCGCUGCCCAACAAAGGUCAACUUGCGAUCUUGACUUUCGCGCGACUGUCGGAACCUCUGACGCAAACCUCCCUCCAGGCGUACAUGUUCUACCAGCUCAAAUCCUUUGACCCUUCCCUGCCAGACUCGACCAUCUCUGCUCAGGCGGGUGUGCUGCAGGGCAGUUUCACCGCCGCGCAGUUCCUUACGGCAGUCUGGUGGGGUCGCCUGGCUGAUGCGGACUGGAUGGGACGGAAGAGAGUGCUUCUGAUCGGGCUCUUCGGGACAUGCAUUUCAUGUCUGGGUUUCGGGUUUUCGCGCUCAUUCGCGGCCGCUGUGGUGUUCCGCACGCUCGGAGGAUGUCUGAACAGCAACGUCGGGGUGAUGCGGACCAUGAUUUCUGAGAUUAUUGAAGAGAAGAAAUAUCAAUCUCGCGCCUUUCUCCUACUUCCAAUGUGCUUCAAUAUCGGGGUGAUCAUCGGUCCGGUCCUGGGUGGUGCACUGGCGGAUCCGCUGAAUAGCUACCCUGAAUUCUUCGGCCCCGGGACAUUCUUUGGUGGUACCGACGGAGUUCAUUGGAUGAGACGCUGGCCAUAUGCGCUGCCCAACUUGCUCAGUGCGAUCUAUAUCUUUGCCUCGUUCUGGGCUGUGUUCUUGGGUCUCAAUGAGACCCAUGAAAUUGCGCGCUACCGAGACGACUGGGGUCGGAAGCUGGGACGCAUUAUUACGAAGUUCUUUUCGCGCCGCCGAAGUCGCUAUUAUCGUCGGCUCAGAACCCAUCCGGACAAUGAAUCUAUUUACAUUGAUGGCAGCGUGACCAGCAUGUCCGCUCCUCCCAGCCCUAUUCGUUCCCGUGCUCGGCCGCGCCCCAAACGCCCGAGCUUCUGGCAGAUCUGGACUCCAAACGUUCUUUUGACUUUGCUGGUUCAAUUCCUUCUGGCUUUCCAUACCAGCGCAUUCAAUUCGAUGACGUUCACUUUCCUGCCAACUCCACGAGCCCCAGAGGGUAAUCGGAAGGGCUUCUUCCGUUUUAGUGGUGGUUUGGGAUUGCCGUCCUCUCGAGUCGGCAUGGCAACGGCUAUCAUUGGGAUCAUUGGUCUGCCGUUGCAGAUCUUCAUCUACCCCCGCGUGCAAGGUUACCUGGGAACUCUGACCUCCUUCCGAACCUUUCUACCGUUUUCACCACUGGCAUAUGCGUUGAUGCCUUUCCUUCUCGUGCUUCCACGGGUGGCCUGGAUGGUUUGGCCUGCGUUCACGCUUGUUGUGGGUCUACAAGUUGUUUCGAGGACGUUCGCUCUUCCCGCGGCUGUCAUCCUUGUGAACAACUGCGUCACCGACGCCUCUGUCCUUGGAACAAUUCACGGGGUCGCGCAGAGUAUCUCCAGCGGGGCCCGCACCUUGGGCCCCAUGAUUGGAGGCUGGGGCUUAGGACUGGGACUGGAGCAUAACUUUGUCGGCGGGAUUUGGUGGGCCCUGGCCCUAGAGGCAUUGAUCGGCUGGUUCGCCCUGUUCAUGAUCUACGAGGGUAAAGGGAUUGAGAGGAAGAAG